CAACACUCCACGACUCCUUCGAAGCUUGCCAUCUGACGACAGCAGCGACGGCUCGACUUGACAACUCAUGACCGAAGCAAAGGCGAGACUAGGCAGUCUCUUUGGGUCUAAUGGGACAGGGGACAACACGAACGAUCCGUUGAGGUAUAGCGCUCCAAAGGAACCGAUCAAGGCGGCGGCGACAGCAGCGCCAGCAGCCUCCGAGGCCGCGCAGAACAUCAUCUACAGCAGCACCGUCAAUUUGUUCAAGUACGACGUGUCAAAGAAGUCGUACGCAUCCUGCUCGCCUUCCCCCGUGGGUUGCGUCAUUCUCGGCAACAACGCCACGUAUUCGCUGCUCCUGUACAACGCCGCGAAGGAGCACCUGUCACGCUCUCCCGUGACGGUGGCACUGCAGGCGACGCUGCAGCCAGGGCAGUACGUCAACUUCUACGACGCCUCGGGUGACAACUUCUCGGCGCGGUUCUCCACGGACGUGGACGCGCAGACGUUCAUCCGCACAUUGUUCCUUACCAAGGUGCAUGUGGGCAUUUGGGGCGGGAACGCUGGCGCAGCCCCUACGAUCUCGGCGACUGCUUUGACCAAGGAAGAGCUGUCAAGCCACGACGCGAAUGCACGCGCGAUCGUCGAUGGCGACUCGGUGGGCGUGGCCUUGAGCGUUUGGCGCGUGGUCGGCAACAUCGGGAGCUCUCCUCUGGACGUCGUGACCAAGUACGCGCCGUUUGAGAAGGUGUCGGCGACGGAUGUGCGCAAGUUCCGCGUGGGGGACAAAGCCGAGCGCAUUUCAGCCUUGGAGGAAGGCGUCGUUGGCAUGAAGAAGGGCGGGACUCGAAUUGUCUUGGCGCCACCGAGUAAGACCAACGGCAAAGACUGGUACAUUCUGCAGAUCGAGCUGGUCAAAGUCAAGCCGCACAACGCGACGGACCAGCCGUCGUCGUCGGCAGCUGCUUCGUCGCGGCGAUCCAGUGAGUCGCCCCGCGGUGGUGCCACGUCAUCGUCGAAUGGCCAAGCAGCAACCACAUCAGAUCUGGUUGUAUUUGAGCAGCAAAAGGAAGAGAUGGAGAAACAGCGGCAGUCCCUGCUGGAGCUGCAAAAGCAAGUACAGCAGCAGCAGCAGCAAGCUGCCAAUGUGACGCCUGGAGUGAAUUCAUCACCACAACCACCCCUUCAUCAACCGGCGCACAUGAUGUAUCCGCCACACAUGAUGUAUCCGCCGCAGCCGUACAUGCCUUCCCAGUCGCCGCCGCCGUCUUCAUCCAUGUAUCCGUGGGGAGGUAUGAUGGGCGGCAAGUCCGUGGACGUGCUCGUGUUGGAAUUGCACUCGAAAGUCGAUCAUUUGAUUCGCACAUCCUCAUCAUCGUCGUCGUCGUCGUCGUCGACGACGUUAUUGGGGCACACGGACGCCGGGCACACGCUGCGAGGAGUCGAACGUCUGGUACAAGAAAACGAACGCCUCGUGCACCAAAUCGGCCUGCAAAGCCAGCAAGUGAACGCGUUUGAAACAAAGUGCGACGACCUGCAAACCACCGUGACCAAACUCAUGGCCGAGAAGAGCCAGUGGAAGGAACAGGGACAUUUGCAACUGGCCGAAACCGCCAACUUGACGGCCGCGCGCGACGCCGCCCUCCAUCAAGCGAGCCGGCUGCACCAAGAAGUCCAGCAACUGCGGUACGCGCUGUACCAGACGAGCCAAUCGUCAUGUACGUCGAAACCUUGGCUAGUUGAUUGCUGUUGGACACAUAUGCUUGAGGGCUGUGGGGUGGGUGGGGAUCAUGUCAUAUCCCGCAGGCUAGCCAGUCUUGCAAUGACCGAGCUGUGCUACCGUCGAGCUGUGCUACCGUGAAGCUAGCUAUCAACCAGCUGGCUACAUAGCUACAUGGCUACUGGUGGUUUGGCUAUCAAACCAGCGAGGCUACUUUACUUGCCAACAACUUUGCUACAUGGCUAGUCGUUGUUCAGCUAUCGAGUGAGCUAGUACUAGCUACUUGCCAAUGUCACUAGCUACUUGGCUAUCUAGGCUAGCUGCUCGUUAGUUAGCCACUAGAGGGUUCACUUUGACAUACUGCGAAUGAAUGGUUGACCAAGGAUAUGAUAGAUGUGUGUUUUGUGUAGCCGGCCAAGAUGCGCGGGUGACGGAACUGCAGAUGGAGCGCGACGCGGCGCUGGCCAACGAGUCGGCGGCGCGCGCGAUUGCCGAGCAGGAACUGGCCCUGGUCAAGAAGCAGGCGGUGAACCUCACGUCUCUUCAUGCGUCGGAAAUGCAGUCGCUCCGGCUGUCUCAUGACCAAGAGGUCGCUCGGCUGCAAACUGCUCACCACAACCAACUCGAAGCUUUGGAAGGCCAACUGGUCACCCAAGUAGCACAGCAGCAGCAGCCGAGUCCGUCUGUGGAUGCAAGGUUGCAUGCCGAGAACGACCAGUGGAAGGAACAUGCGGCGGCGGUGGAAGCGCUACAGGCCGAGAACGCGCUGCAUAUGGAGCGCAUUUCCGAGCUCGAGCAGCUGCAGGCAUUUCACGCGCAGGCCCGCGAGACUGAAGUGCUGGCGUUGAAGGCGCAGGUGGCGGCGCUGGAGGCGAAAGUGGUUCAUGAAGGGGACGAGGAUGAUGGCCUUGCUGGUAAGGAAGGUUCGUGUGCGCAUUGCGCUGAAGCCGACGCCAAGGCGCACCAAGCUACAGUUGACGCAUCGGUCAAGGAGGCGGCGGCGCGGCAGGCGCUGGAAGCCGCGGACGCGCUCAAGAAGGAAGCGCAGGAGCUGCUGCUCGAAGCGCCGCUUCCAUCUCCAAACGUGUCGGAACUGUUUAAAGACGUGGUGAACGACAUCUUUUACCGGUUUCAAGACAUUUUCGAAGAUGAAGUCGCGCUCGACGGCAACCAGGUGCUCAAGGACAUCAAGAAAGUGCUCAAGCAAAGCACCAAGGAAGUGCUGGCCAAGGUAGAAGGAUCGUCGUCCCCUGCCCCUGCGUAGUACGAAGAGUGGAGUAGGACGAUCGCGUGGGGCCGUGGGAAGCUACCGUAGACUCGUCGUCGUUUGCUCCAUGUACAGAAUGGACGAGAUAAUGAAUGUAUCGAGGAUGGAUCGAUGGAUCGAUGGUUCGAUAUGAAGUGA